AUGAGACCACAAAAUCUAAAUCGUGUAUCUAUUGUUUUAAUUGCUGCUUUGGUAUGUCGAAGUGUGCAUUCACAGCUCCAAGUUGGGUUUUAUACAACUUCAUGUACCUUAGCGGAGUUAAUCGUCAAGGACGAGGUUAGAAAAGGGUUCUUUAAGAACCCAGGAGUUGCAGCUGGUCUUGUGAGAUUGCACUUCCAUGACUGCUUUGUUAGAGGCUGUGAUGCAUCGGUGCUCCUUGAUUCCACUUCCUUAAACAAGGCAGAAAAGGAUUCACCGGCGAAUAACCCAAGCCUACGAGGAUUUGAAGUCAUUGACAGUGCAAAGGCUAGACUGGAAGCUGUAUGCAGAGGUGUUGUAUCAUGCGCUGAUAUAGUUGCAUUUGCAGCCAGGGAUAGCAUAGAGAUAACUAGAGGGCUUGGAUAUAUCGUUCCUGCUGGAAGAAGAGAUGGCAAAAUUUCACAAGCUUCAGACACAUUCACGAACUUACCUCCCCCAUCAUUCAAUGUCGACCAGCUCAGUAAACUUUUUGCAAACAAGGGUUUUACACAAGAAGAAAUGGUUACUCUCUCUGGAGCACACACCAUUGGCCGCUCUCAUUGCACAGCUUUCAGUAACAGAUUGUACAAUUUUAACAGAACAUCAAGGCAGGACCCAAGUUUAGACCCCCCGUACGCUGCUCAGUUGAAGCAGCAAUGCCCACAAGGCAACACAAGUCCAAACUUUGUGGUUCCGAUGAACCCCGCAAGCCCUGCCGUCACUGACACCAGCUACUACGCCGACAUUCUUACAAACCGAGGUUUGUUUACAUCAGACCAAACUCUCCUCACAAACUCAGCAGCCGCAAACCAAGUCCAUCAAAAUGCCAAAAUGCCCUUCCUUUGGAGGACUAAAUUCGCUUCUGCAAUGGUGAAGAUGGCCAGACUUGAAGUCUUAACAGGCAAUGCUGGUGAGAUUCGAGCAAAUUGCAGGGUUAUUAACAGCUAG